AUGGCUAUUCUGUACGAUGCCAACAAUGAACCAAAAAUUGAACUUGCACGAGAUAGGCGCCAGCGUGAAGGCUUUCCAGAGCAGGACAUUGAAAUGCAAUCACGGAUUUGCCUCAAUUGCAAUAGAUCCAUAAUAAAUGAACUUGAGCAAAUACAGCAUGAUCCCCGUUGCGUAAGAAUUAACGUUUUAAAGCAAACGCGUAGACAAAGUGGCUUAAUCUGCGAUGCGAUAGAGAAUCUUCAUAGGUUGUCUGUUUCUUCAAGAGCAAAGAUCUAUAUAGCUCAAAAUAUAUACGUUCCAAAUGGGGCAAGAUCUUGUGCACAACAUUUAGAUAACAAUGGAUAUAUGCUACCUUUUUUGAUGCCAACUUUAAGAUAUAUUCACCGUGCGUAUUUGAUUCCGGGAGAAGACUUGCAAGUGUUCUUAGAAGAACUACGCAUAUUGGCAGCCAGAUCUAGCAGAUGGUUUUAUGAUGAAAAUUCAUUAUCUGAUGAGGAUUUCCAAGACAUAUCAGGCCUUACCAAAGAACAAUAUCAGCAUCUUUUCACAUUUUGCAAUCCGGUUCUGGACAAUGGUCAGCACAGGUAA